AGUCAUGACAUCGUUACGUCACAACCUUCGCGACCUCGCAUGUGCAGAGGUCAAUUGUUUCCAACGAUUGCUCCACUAUCUCUCACCGUCCUCCUCGAGUCCCCCUUCCUAUGGUCUCCUUUCUCACCUUUCUAUACUUAUCCUUACGCCUAUGCCAUUGCUUUUACCUUCACUUCUCUUUAUAUAUACUUUUAUUUUCUAUUCUAUUCUACUCUUUUAUUCCAUCCUACAAAGAGUCGACGAGUUAAGAGUACACCUACCUAGCUGAGUUGCUUAUGUAAUGUAGUCGACCAAUCGCAGCACUUCCACUUCAACCGCCACCACCACCUUUUCUAUCUACCUCAAUAAAAUGGCCUCAAAUUCAGCCGGAACCGCACCCAAGGAUAUGCCGGAACUCGCUUUGACAGUGGAAGCUGCUGUCGAGCAAGGACAACGCGCAUUUGCGCUCAAGAAAUACGAGCAAGCAGUGGAUCAUUACGCUACCGCGCUUGAACUCUUGACUGACGUUCACGGAGAGGAUGCACCAGGGAUAGAAGACCUCUACUUUGCAUACGGGAAGGCACUGCUGGAAAAUGCCAUUGCACAGAAUUCUGUGUUGGGCAAGGAGCAACCGGAGGAGAACGCAGAAGACAACAAUGCACUAGGCGGCUCCGGGUCUUCAGCAAACGGUCCUAUUCUUUCUUUCUCAGGAGACGUCGAAGACACGGAAGACGGCACAGUUGACUUAUUUUCUCAGGCCAUCGAGAGCGCCCAGCAGGAGGCUGCUGCCGCUGCGGAUGACGAUGACGAUGAAGCUGAGCCCGAGGACGACUUUAAUGCUGCUUGGGAAGUUCUGGACCUAGCCCGCGCUAUCUACGAGAAACAGAAGGUGGCGAACGACGAUGAACAGGUGGGCCUCAAGCUGGCAGACACAUACGUCACUCUCGGCGACGUGUCUUUGGAAACUGAGAAAUUUGACCAGGCCAUUACGGAUUACGAAGCUGCAUUGACGUUGAAAGCCGAGUUGCUAUCGUUUUCGUCGCGUCAAAUCGCAGAAGCCCAUUACAAGCUCAGUAUCGUACUUGACCUCACAUCCGGUCGACUCGCAGACUCCAUCAUCCACGCAGAGAAGGCUCUACAAAGCCUCGAGAGCAGACUCGUUAAGCUACAGGAUGCGCUACCAAGUUCCUCGACUUUGCCUACGCUUGCCCAGCAGGAUCCUAAAGGGAAGGGGAAAGCAACGAAACUUGUCAGUGAAGACGCCGUCGAGAAGUUGACAACAAAUCAGAUUGAAAGCGAGAUUAAGGAGUUGAAGGGAUUGAAGGACGACCUCGUUCUGAAGAUCGAGGAAUUAAAGACCUCGCCAAACGAAAGUGUCUCCGAAAGUGCCCCCGCUAUGGCUGCACACGCACUUGACAGGGAGCUCAAUGCUGGUUCAACCAUGGUUCCCAAUCAAGAGCCCAUAGUCAAUGAUUUGACUGCGAUGGUGGUGAAAAAAAAGAAAAAGGCUCCUGAGGAUACUUCUGCCUCCAAACGCAAGGCGGAAGACGACGCUCAAGAUUCCAACUGUGAGAAGAAGCCCAAGGUUGAUUCUUCAUAAUGUCAUGGAUAGAUGCGCCGAUAACGACACGCAGAUACUGACACGGUAUAUGUCCUUAUAUCCUUUGUACUGCUGUCAUCAUUGAAACCUGCUAUGCUACUAAAAGGGGACUGCUUCGGCCACUAUGGGUUUAUGCUUAUACGACUUUUUACCAGCGCCAAACUCGCCAACAGUGUGGCCCUUGUUAGCUUUGCUUCUAAGCAUGUACUUGUAGAUGACAAGGCCCUCCAGUCCCACAGGACCUCUGGCAUGUAUUCUCCCUGUGCUGAUGCCUACCUCGGUGCCAAAGCCGUAGCGGAAUCCGUCUGCGAAUCGGCUGCUAGCGUUGACGAAGGUACCAGCGGAAUCUACACCGCGAGUGAAAACCGACGCAGCAAGUUCGUUUUCAGUGACGAUAACGUCCGUGUGAUGUGAAGAAUGGGAGUUAAUGAACCGGAUAGCGUCCUGAAGGGAAGGAGUCGAGAUAACGGACAUU